UUGACUCUCCAUCGAACUAUUCUACCUGUCUCUCUAGCCCUCCGCCUCCGGCUUCGUAACGGCAAUGGAACUCCACCACCAGCGCAAAAAAGUCGUCCGUAUCUCAACGGGUAGCAAGCAAUUCGACUCGAUCCUGGGCGGCGGCUUCCAAAGCAUGAGCAUUAGCGAAGUCUUCGGCGAAUUCCGCUGCGGCAAAACCCAACUCUCCCACACAAUGUCCGUCAUAGCCCAACUCCCCCGUUCCCACGGUGGCGCCGACGGCAAAGUAGCCUACAUCGACACGGAGGGAACGUUCAGACCCGAACGCAUUGCGCAAAUCGCCGAACGUUUUGGGAUGGACCCGGACACUGCGCAGGAGAAUAUUGCUUAUGCGCGUGCGCUUAAUUCGGAGCAUCAGUUGGAGUUGCUGAAUACGUUGAGUCGGGAAUUUGCGGAGGGACAAUAUCGACUCCUUAUUAUUGAUAGUAUUAUGAACUGUUUUCGGGUGGAUUAUUGUGGACGCGGGGAGUUGGCGGAGAGACAGCAGAAGCUGGGUCAAUUUUUGAUGAAGUUGGCGCAUAUGGCGGAAGAGUUCAAUGUUUGCGUCUUGAUGACCAACCAAGUCCAGAGUGACCCUGGUGCGAGCGCGUUAUUUGCAGGUGCUGAUGGCCGGAAGCCGGUUGGUGGACAUGUCCUUGCUCAUGCUUCGACGACUCGGGUGCUCCUGCGCAAGGGCCGCGGUGAUGAGCGAGUGGCAAAGAUCCAGGAUUCCCCUGAUUGUCCUGAGCGUGAGGCGACUUACGUGAUCACCAACGGCGGCAUCAGUGAUCCGGACAAGGUGUGA